AUGGCAACCUUAACCUUACCUCCAGUGGUACCAACACCUCGUGAAGAUUGUAAAAAGCUUCACAAAGCUUUCAAAGGUCUUGGGUGUAACACAUCAAACGUUAUUCAAAUCCUAGCUCACAGGAAUUCAGAUCAGCGUAGCCUUAUUCAACAAGAGUAUGAAACUACCUUUUCUGAACCACUUUCUAAACGGAUUUCUGCAGAGAUUCAUGGCCAUCUAAAGAAAGCUUUGUUACUUUGGAUGCCUGAUCCUCCAAGCAGGGAUGCUACCAUAAUUAAAAAAGCAUUAAAAAAAUCGGUUGUUGAUAAUCAAGCAAUUACAGACAUAAUAUGUUCUCGUAAUCCAUCACAAUUAAGGAGAUUGAAAGAAGUUUAUCUAUCAAAUUAUCAAUCCCCUCUUGAACGUGACAUUGAAAACCAAACAAGUAGUGAUUACAAGAAGUUGUUGCUUGCAUAUAUAAGUACACCACGUUAUGAAGGCCCAGAAUUUGAUAAUCUAAUGGUAGAAGAAGAUGCCAAACUACUGUAUAAAGCAGGAGAGAAGAAAAUAGGAACUGAUGAGAAAACAUUUAUAAGGAUCUUUAGUGAAAGAAGUUCCACACAUUUGGCUGCAGUUAACUCUGCAUACAAAACUUCAUUUGGCAACACAUUAGAAAAGGCAAUAAAGAAAGAAACAUCUGGCUCUUUUAUGAGUGGAUUAUUGACCAUACUAAGAUGUGCUGAUAACUCUUCCAUGUACUUUGCUAAGAUUUUGCGCAAGUCAAUGAAGGGUAUUGGCACUGAUGAUAGUAGACUAACAAGGGUAAUUGUAACAAGGACUGAGUUUGACAUGCAACAAAUUAAAAUAGCAUAUUAUAAUAAAUAUGGAAAACCAUUAACACAUGCUGUUCGUUCAGACACAUCAGGACAUUAUGAAGACUUUCUUUUACAUCUCAUAGGUACUGAUUAUUAG